AUGACGAUUCCAGUGUCCCGCUUCCUCGCUCGGCGAGCUAUUCCCAGGGCAUGCGCCCUCCGCUCCAGAGUCGCUUUUGGUGUCUCGAGGCCUAUGAGCACCGCUGCGGACCAGGCUGUCUUCAAUUGGGAGGACCCCUUGGCUGCAAAGGCGUUUCUCACAGAAGAGGAGAUCGCUGUCGCGGAGACGGCAGAGAAGUAUUGCCAGGAGCUGCUUCUUCCCAGGGUUCUUCAGGCGUACCGCGAUGAGAACUACGACCCCAAGAUCCUAGAGGAGAUGGGAGAUUUGGGCCUCCUCGGAGCCACGAUACAAGGAUACGGAUGCGCGGGCGUGUCUACAGUAGCCAGCGGCCUCAUCACCAAGGCCGUCGAGCGCGUGGACAGUGGUUACCGAUCAGGAAUGUCUGUGCAGUCCUCCCUCGUAAUGGGCGGAAUCUACGAAAUGGGCACAGAGGAGCAAAAGGAGAAAUAUCUCCCCGAGAUGGCCAAGGGUAAGCUGAUCGGCGCCUUCGGCCUCACGGAACCCAACCACGGCAGCGAUCCCGGCUCGAUGGAGACGGUAGCCAAGCCUCACCCCACGAAGACGGGAUACUACUCCCUCUCUGGUUCCAAGACGUGGAUCACCAACUCGCCCAUCGCCGACGUGCUUCUUGUGUGGGCCAAGCUCCAGGAGACGGGCAAGAUCCGCGGUUUCCUGAUCGAUCGCAAGGACUGCCCUCCCGGAACCCUCGAGACCCCGGCGAUCAAGAACAAGAACGGCCUCAGGGCUUCGAUCACGGGUAUGAUCCACAUGGACGGAUGUCCCGUCCCAGCGGCCAACAUGUUCCCCAACAUCGAGGGUCUCCGUGGUCCUUUCAGCUGCCUCAACAGCGCGAGGUAUGGUAUUGCGCUUGGCGUGACGGGUGCGCUUGAGGACUGCAUCGCGAGAGCGAGACAGUACGCUCUCGAGAGGAAGCAGUUCAAGGGCAACCCGCUCGCCAAGUAUCAGCUCAUCCAGAAGAAGCUGGCGGAUGCGGCGACGGAUGCGGCGUACGGCACCGUUGCGGCCAUCCAGGUCGGUCGCCUAAAGGACCAGGGUCUCGCUACUCCCGAGAUGAUUAGCAUGGUUAAGAGGCAGAACUGCGAUCGGGCGCUUCACAAUGCUCGCGUGCUUCAGGAGAUCUUUGGUGGAAACGCUGUCAGCGAUGAGUACAUGAUUGGAAGGCACGUCGCAAACUUGUACGUGACGCAGACCUACGAGGGACAGAGUGAUAUUCACGCUUUGAUUUUGGGCAGGGCCAUCACCGGCGUCCAGGCCUUCGUUUAA